UCCGUCUGGUGUGGUGCACAGCGAGACAGCGACGCGUCUUCCAUUCCACCUCCGACAACAGCGGCAGAUGACAGACAUGUCGGCGCCAAACGCGCCUUGGUUUGCGGAUCUCUUCACAGAUGUUAGGGUGAGGACCCUGUCGCACCAGGUCACCACACUUGGGGACAGGGUGUGGGAACUGGAGCGCAAAAUUACCCAGCUGAUCUGCGAGAAGGGCAAGCUGGAGAAGCAACUGGAGGAGACGAAGGCCAUCUCAAGCCACAAGGAAGAGGUGGAGAGAAGCUUCAAGGCUGAAAACCAUAAGCUUCGGUCGGAAGUUUCGAUCGCAGAGGAAAAAUGUGGCAAGUCUGAAGCGGAGGUUGAGAGGCUCAGGAAGGAAGUAGGCACGCUGGCGGAGGCAAAAGAGGCUGCUGCCAAGGAAUUCAACGAUGAGAGAGCAAAUAUCAGGUUGGAAUCGGAGAAUCUCAAGAGAAGGCUGGAGGAAAUUCAGGCUAUCAAGGAUUUGGCAGAGUGCGAAAAUGACAAGCUUCGUUCAGAGGCUUUGAUCGCAAAGGAAAAGCAAAACAUGUCCGAAGCAGAGAUUGAGAGGCUGAAGAUAGAACUGGGUGGGUUGGCGGAGGCCAAGGAGGCGGCCGCCAAGGCAUUUGAUGUAAAAAAUGCAGAAAUCACCGAGGAAUUAGAGGAACUUAAGAGGAAGCUGAAGGAAAUCCAAACAAAUAAGGAUUUAGUGGAUGGAGAAAAUGAUAAGCUUCGGUCUGAGGUCUUCACAGCGGAGGAGAAAUGUAGGCAGUCUGAAGCAGAGGUUAAGUGCCUUAAGCAAGUAGUGGGUGCAUUGGUGGAGGCGAAGGAGGCAGCGGCAAAGGCAUUUGAAGCCGAGAAGGUAGAAAUCAUGAAGGAAAUGGACAAUCUUAAGAGGACAAUAGAGGAAAUCCAGGCCAACAAGGAUUCGGUGGAGAGUCAAAACCAUGAGCUCCAGUCAAAGAUUUUGAUUGCAGAGCAGGAGAAUGGUGUAUUUGAAGCAGAGGUUAAGAGCCUGAAGAUGGAAUUGGGUGCAGUAGAGGAGGCCAAGGAGGUUCUUGCCAAGGAGUUUGAUGCCGAGAAGGCUGAAAUCCUCAAGGAACUGGAGGAUCUUAAGGGGAAUCUGGAGGAAUUCAAGGUCAACAAGGAUUUGUUGGAGGGUAAAAAUGAUAAGCUUCGGUUGGAGGUUUUUGCUGCAGAGAAGAAACAAAGCAUGUCUGAAGCAGAGGCUAAGAGCCUUAAGAUGGAACUGGUUGCAUUAGUGGAGGCAAAGGAGGCGGCUACAAAAGCAUUUGACGCCGAGAAAGCAAAAAUCACAAAGGAUUUGGAGGUUCUUAAGAGGAAGGUGGAGGAAAUCCAAACCAAGAAGGAUUUGGUGGAGGGUGAAAAGGAUAAGCUUCGUUUGGAGAUUUUAAUAGAAGAGCAGAAACAUGCCAUGUCUGAAUUAGAGGUAAAACGCCUCAAGAUGGACUUGGCUGCAUUGGCGGAGGCGAAGGAGGCAGCUGUGAAGUCAUUUGACGCCGAGAAGGCUAAAUUCAUGAAGGAGGUAGAGAGCCUCAAGAGGAAAAUAGAGGAAAUCCACGCCAGCAAGGAAGCAGCUGAGGAAGCAGGGCGCAACAAAGAUGUCGAGGCUGAUAGGCUGAAGGAUGACUUGUUGAAGAUUGGCGUUUCUGUCUCACAGCUGCAAGCAUCCUGUAUUGAACUUGAUGCGAAGCAUUCACGCCUGAAUGAUGAGAUGAACUCAGUCCAGAAAGCACUAGUGUCUGAGAAGGUUGAAGGUAACAAGCUCAAGCUAAAAAUUGAGGAGCUCGAGAAUUACAUUGCUGAAAAGGAUGGUGAGAAUGGGAAACUAAAGGCGGCAUUGGAGGAAAAGAAGAGUGAGAUUGAUGCCCUCAGCAAAGACAAUGAGCAGCUACAUCUCACAGUUGCUGAGGCACAUGAGAAGAAUAAAUGUAGCAUCUUAUCAUUCUUAUCACCGUGCGGCUCCAAAUAACUUGGUUGUAAUGUGUUGCAUUACUAAUGCAAUGGUGAAUAGUUUGUAUUAUGCAAUGAAAUAAAA